UCCUUUGACAUUUCUUUUGGUGAUAUCAAAGACAUGGCGAUUGCUCUCCGACACAAGCUCCGGUGGCGAGUCGAUGGCGGCGGCGACUACUCAAGGCACCGGAGAUAUCGAAGACAUGCAAAGGCGAUUGAUUCAGAAGAAGAUGGAGACGGAAAUGGUGCAUGACUAUGAGCAAGGACAUGCAGAGAAGAAGAAGGGACAGGAUACGUCGCCGGUCAUAUACGUCACCGUCGUUCUCAGCGUCGAUUUGCAUUGCGAUGGUUGUAUCGCGAGAAUCGUCACUUUAGCUCGUCGCUUAGAAGGUGUUGAAACAGUAAGAGCAGAUCAUGUUGUUGUUCUUACUCUGAUUGGAUUUAUGAAACCAAUGAAGGUUACAGAGCAAUUGCAGAAGAAGAGCAUGAAGAAGAUUGAGUUGUUAUCUCCAAAACCAAAGAAAGAAGCAAAAGCAAGCAAUGACACAAAGGCUGAGAACAACAACAAGACUAUGGUUAGGCUCUGAUUCACCUUGAAAAUACAUUCAUUGCAUGUGUUUAUAAGACUCGAUUGAUUAUAAAAACACGUCUUUCUCAAAUAACCAGACAAUGAUUCUCAAAUAACCAGACAAUGAUUAUUGGCUAUGUAAGUAAUAAUACAUAAAAAAAAAAAAAAAUUUUUAGAACCUCACUUCUUCGUAUCCUACCAU